AUGUCAAGAAAUAAGAAGAAGGAUGAAGUUAAUCCAGACAGGGAGACUACAAUCGCUGGUUUGUAUGGCGAUCUCCAAAAAUUGGGGCAGAAACAGGAGUAUGCCAAGGCGAUCAAGGUUUGCAACCAAAUUCUAGGUAACAAGGGAGAUGAAGUUGAAGCUGUUCAAUAUAAAAUUGUCUGCCAGAUGUUACUUGACCAGUUUGAAAAUGCAUUGGCACUCAUACAGAAGAAUAAAAUUACUGGAAUGGAUUUUGAGAAGGCAUACUGUCAGUACAGAUUGAACAGAACUUCAGAAGCCCUGAAAACUCUGAGAGCUGUUAAGGAUUUAGACUAUAGAAUGAAAGAAUUACUGGCUCAAGUGCUAUACAGACUUGAAGAAUAUCAAGAAUGUUAUGAUUUAUACAGAGAUCUGGUCAAAAACUCAGAUGAUGACUGUGAAGUUGAACGUCAGACCAAUAUGGGAGCUGUUAUUGCCUCUCUUGAAAUGUGGGAUGACCAGGAAAUGGAUGAUCCAGGGUUUGAAGAAGAUACGUAUGAGAUAUGUUAUAAUAAAGCCUGUCAGUAUAUUGGUAAAGAAGAUUAUAAAACAGCAGAAGAGAAACUGAACAAGGCUGAGUCUAUAUUGCGUGGUGAUCAGGAAUUAACUGAAGAGGAGCUAGAAGAGGAACUGGGAUUGAUUAGGGUACAGCAAGGUUAUGUUAAACAAUGUAUUAAUAAACCUAAAGAAGCUUCAGAACUUUACAACCUCUGUAUGAAAUCAAAACCAUCUGAUCUAUCUUUAUUAGGUGUUGUUUCUAAUAAUAUAGUUACUAUUAAUAAGGAUCAGAAUAUGUUUGAUUCGAAGAAGAAGUUAAAGAUUGCUACAGGAGAGAAUAUACAGAAGAAAUUAUCCAAGAAACAGAAAGGCUGUAUUGUUAUCAAUCAAUGUUUGUUACAUAUGUACUCAGGCCAGGUCAACCAAUGUCAUAAAUUAGCUGAAUCAUUAAUUAAACAGUAUCCAGAUCUAGAUACUCCUGUUCUCAUAGAGGCUGCCCAAUAUGUUAAAGAUAAAAAACUCAAUCAAGCUAUAGAAUUAUUGAAGAGCUAUGUAGAGAAACACCCUGAACAAGCAUUCAGUUUAAAGCUAGUAAUAGUACAGCUAUAUUUAACUCAAGGUUCUAUAUAUCCAGCUUGUGAUACUCUGAAAUCAUUGGGUAAUCUACAGUAUAAACCUGGAAUUGUAUCAGCUCUAGUAACACUGUAUAAUUCACAAGAAGAUAGAGAAUCAGCAUCAGAUGUAUUAAUUAAUGCUGUUAAAUGGUACAAAGCUAACGAGCCUAAAUCUCCAGAAUUGAUCACUAUAACCAGAGCUAAUGCUGAUUAUCAACUGAAGAUUGGUAAACCAAGUAUAGCCGCUGGUAUGUUAGAGGACCUUAGAAAAGCUAAUCCCAAAGAUUCGAGAGUUCUAGCUCAACUGAUCUCAGCUUAUUCUACUUUUGAUACCAAUAAGGCACAACAAUUAAGUAAAGAACUACCACCAGUAGAAGAAAUAGCUAAAGAUAUAGAUGUAGUAUUAUUAGAAACAUCAUUCAGUACUCUGGGACACAAAUACAUGAAAAAAACACAGAAAGCAGAGGCUUCACCUGCUGCUCCAGCUGGAGAUGGUUUGAUCACCAAGAAGAAGAAUAAAAAGAAAAAGAAGGGAAAAUUACCCAAGAAUUAUGACGCGAAUGUUAGUCCUGCUGAUUUAGAUCAAGAAAGAUGGUUACCACGACGAGAGAGGUCGUAUUACCGUGGUAAACGACGAGAUAAAAAGAAAGAUAUUGGUAAAGGAACUCAGGGUAGUUCAGGUCCUUCCGGUGACAUGUAA